CUUUCUCCGGACCUCGUCGGCCAUGGCGGCAGAGCUCCAAACCCUCGCUGCCGCUUCGGUAUCUAGAAAGCGGAAGCCGGAUCACAAGACGGGAAAGAAGCCGAGCAAGAGGGUCCAGCAGAAGGCGUCAUCCAUGGCCGCGGCCAAGCCUAGGAAACCUAGCCGCAAGAUGAGGAAGCUCUUCCGGAAGAGGGCCAGGGAAUACCACUCCGAUGAGGAGGAAGAAAGUGACGAAGAGCCGUCUAGCGAGGAGGAGGAAAGUGACAGGGAUUUGGAUGUUGUGGAUGACGACGGCAGCGGAGGCGAUGACGAGGACGACGGGGAGGGGGCUCAGCAUGGGAUCACAAGGUUCGUUGAGGGUUGCAGGGCAUUUAGGGUAGCCUUUAUGAAGAUCAUGAAGAAGCAUCUCCCAGAUGAUCCCCUUGGACCUAUAUUGUCUGCGCACAAGAAGCUCGUCGCUGAGAAGCUUGCAGAAGAGGUAUCGGAGCAUAAGACAACAGCCGAAAUGAAAAAGGAGAAACAGAUGGAAGCAGAAAAGGGACACGUAAAGCCUGCUAAUUUCCUGGAUGCAAGGGAGAAGCUUCUCGUCAGCGUUGCAACAAAAGGAGUUGUCAAGCUUUUCAAUGCGGUCAGUAAGGCACAAAAUUCUCAAAGUGGGUUAAAUCCUUCAGGUUCUAAAAAUGCGAAAGUGUUGGCAAAACAAAGAAAACAAGCCUUCUUUUCGGAGCUACAGAAGUCAACAACACAGUCCUGUGAUUCUAAAAGCAUGGACAAGAACAAUGAGCUUGGAUGGGCCCCAUUACGUAACAAUUACAUGCUUACAAGUUCAAAAUUGAAGGACUGGGACAAAAUGCCAGAAGCUGCUGCCGUAGUUGAUCACAAGCAAGUCUCAUCAGAGAGUUCCUCGGACGAAGAAUAGGAUCCGGAGAAAUAUCAGUGACUGCAUUCUUUUAUGCAAGUAAUUCUAAUUCUGGCAAACCAGGACUCGUAUUUUCAUUCUUUGAAUCCAUUCACAUGGGAUGUAAUACAUCUCAUCAAUUUUCAUCUGAUGAAUGAUUUUGAGCUUCAAUCUCUUGAUAAAAGAAGAGAAUUGAAGCAAGCUUUUCAUUUUAUAUUAAUGACUGAAUGUUUCUAGUUUUGUCUGAUUUAA